AAACCAGCGAUCUCAAGUGUAGCCACGUGGAAAUCAAUGACCAUAUCACCAUCUCUGUAGUAUACUACUGUACUCCUUACAAGAACAUCGUAUUUCUCACUUUAAGUACGUGACAGGAUACUUGGCUUCGACAUUAAUUUGCCACGUGGUGCUGAAAUGUUCAUCACGUAGACACGUGUGCAAAGGGUGGUGCAGUGCAGUCCAACUAGUACUACUAUCCAACAGGUAACAAGGUGCCAUAACUCCCGCUUUCUCCUACUUUCAAGUUUGGAAGGCAGAUGAGAUUGAGAUGAUGAAAUGAAGGGGAAAGCUGUAGGAGUGAAAUUGGGAAAAUGGAGGCAUGGGUGCCGCUGUUUGAUAUCUUCCUGAACUCCCCAUCCUCCGAAGGGGAAGCAUCUCUUUGGAUGCAACAGGCGUUCGACGCCUCUGGACCCGCCACCACCAUCACCACCAAUUCUUUCCUCUCCUUGCUCUUAAAGCCUUCCGAUGUUGUUGUACCCGAUUCCUCUUCUACUCCCUCUCCCCAAAACAGAAUUAUGUGGAUUCAAACACUUCCAGAUGUGGUUCAAUCCCGGAUUCUCUCUUUUCUCACUGUCGAGAGCUCAAGAUUCUGUAAACGAGACCUGGCUACUCUCGCCACCAACAUCUUGAAAUCGAAUCAACGGCUUGACUUUUGGGUCAAGAAAGCCGCUCACAACCUGCUUGAUGCAGUCUCUAGCUCGACUUCUUCCAUUAAAGUAACAGACGAAGUGGAAGAUGAGUUUGAGGCUUUGCCCCAUUGGCUCCAGAAUAUGACCAGUAAAACCAAUUCAAUUCUUCCUUGGUUCCCGCUCUCUCCGGACAUGUUGAACUCAAAAUCUCCUGUCUGUAGUUUUGCGGAUCGCAAGGCAGAUGAGGAUUCAAUUAUUGACACCAACGAAGUGGAAAUGGAAGAAUUGAACCAAGUUGCUGCAGAAAUCAAGACUGUUGAUCUCGUGGAUAUGCCUCUUCACCCUGAAAUUCAAAACAAAGCAACUUGCAUCAAAACUCAGCUAUUAACCUUUGAAUCCACUUCCAAAAUUGUAGGCUUGGCAAAUGAAAUUCGCCAACUCUGCUUUGAAAGCGGAGGAGGAGAUUAUCUUCCACUUUUGGGUUUGAUUGAACCCUGGCAAACAGAUGACGAGAUAGCUUCUAUUCUGAUCACUCAUCUUUCUUGUGGGAGUGAGGAAAAAAUUACUUGGCCAAGCCAUGUCUUGUGUUCUGUCAUCCUUCCCAAGUUGUUGGUUCUAAGGGAACCGGCUUCUCGGGUGCUAGUGACUGCCACUGUUGAGUACUGUAAGCUCCACCAGAAGGCUGCUGUGGAUGGUCUAUUGUUUCCACUGAUCCUCUGCAAAGAAGGGAUCAGCAUCCAUAUCUGCGAGGUGCUCACGAGGAUCAUCAAGGAAUGUUUGCAUCCUGCUCAUGUAUCUGCAUUCUGUCAGAAGCUGCUCUGUGGAGAAGAAGAGCCAAAGAAAUUUAUGUGCCUCCCUUGCCACCAGUGUCUAGUAUCCAAUGAGUUGGUAUGGACAGAACCAUUGUUUACCCUGUUUCAGAACAUCUUGAAUCAGAAUGUUUAUCUAACUCAGGACUCGGUUGAUUAUCUUGUUUCUGGUAUUGGUGAAUUGGCUAAGAGGUUUUCAAAGUCUCUGAAGUUCGCAAACUUUUUGUUAUGUUUGAUCACCAAAUGUGCCCCAUUACUCAAGUCCCACAGGGUUUCCUUGUCUGAAGCGGUUGGGCAGACUAACACCUUCAUGACCAAGUCCAUACUUGCAAAAUUGUCCUCCCUGUAAUUUCACUGUGAAAUUUGUUCAAUCUUCAUUUAAUAUUA